AUGGGGAUUGCAACUGUUCUGUCCUACCCUUUCACCACGGUCGCAGUCACGUACCUUGUGUACCUUCUCAGCCUGGUCGUGUACCGCUUGUACUUCCAUCCAUUAGCCAAGUUUCCCGGCCCCAAAUAUGCAGCUAUCAGUCGAUGGCAUGAGUUCUACUACGAGGUUGUCAAGAAGGGCCAAUUCACCUUCAAGGUUCAGGAGCUACACAAGCAAUAUGGUCCUAUCGUCCGAAUCGUCCCAGACGAAGUGCACAUUCAAGAUUCCCAAUUCUAUGAGACGCUUUACACCAAAGCAGGACGCGUUGACAAGUAUGACUGGAUGGCCGGCAGGUUUGGCUGCGAUACUUCAGUGUUCACUACCGGCUCUGAUGAGCUCCAUCGCAUUCGCCGUGGCGCUUUGAACCCACUAUUUUCUCGUGCUCGCAUUGUUGAUCUUCAGACUAUCAUUCGUGAAAAGAUCGAUAUCCUAGUCAGCAGGCUUCGCGAAUUUCAACAGAAUGACCGUGUGCUAGCAAUCAACCACGCAUUCAUGGCCUUAACUGGGGAUGUCGUCAUGGAAUAUUGCUUCUCCUUGACUUACGAUCAUUUGAAGCUCCCAAAUUUUGAGAAGACGCUCCACGAACCUUUUAUGGCAGCAAGUAUCAGUGGCCAUCUGUCACUGCAAUGUCCGUGGGUUCCAAAAAUGCUCUUUGCCCUACCAGAAUCCAUCUUGGUCAAGAUCGAGCCACUUUACGCUUUGGUCUUCAGAAUGCAAGCAGACUUCCGCAGCCAGAUCAAUGCGAUGAAGGAAGGGAAGAUGGAUGACAAACUCGCAAAAUCGACUCACCCAACAGUGUUCCAAGAACUCAUUUCCGGUCCACUCCCUGCUUCAGAGAAGCAAACACUUCGGCUCCAAGAUGAAGCUCAACUUGUCGUGGCCGCUGGUGUCACCACAACUGGAUGGGCGUUAAGCACGGCAACCUAUUAUAUCACGACAAAUCCAACGGUUCUCAAAGCACUGCGAAAUGAGCUCGAAACCGCCAUUCCAGAUCCCAAAGCACCACUUUCAUGGACAGAUCUCGAGCGACUCCCAUACCUGACAGGCUGUGUGCGAGAAGCAGUGAGAAUGUCAUACGCUGUCACAACGCGCAAUCCUCGAUUAUUCAACAAGGAACUCGUGUAUGACAAAUGGGUCAUUCCAGCUCGUACUCCGGUCUCCAUGACCAUCGUGGAUGUUAACGAUGAUGAGGCAAUAUUUCCCAGUCCCCAGGAAUUUAGGCCUGAACGAUGGAUCAAUCCACCCAAGACACCUGAUGGAAGUAGUCUCGAGAGAUACUUUGUCGGGUUUGGUAAAGGCUCAAGGAGUUGCUUAGGAAUCAACCUCGCUCAUGCCGAACUAUACAUGACUUUGGCGGCCGUCUUUCGCAACUUCUCCUUCGAGUUGUACGAAACAGACCUAUCAGACGUGAAGCUUGCCCAUGAUUUCUUUCUUCCAAGUCCGAAACUUGAUAGCAAAGGCGUCAGGGUCAAGGUAUUGGCUAAUUGA